GAAUCACACUUCAAAGAAACAAAAAUCCUCCAAAACCCAAUUACAACAUUUUUCCUACACUUGGAUUUUGGAUGCACUUCCAAAAAAAAUGCAUUCAAAUCCAAACCAUUCAACAUUGUCAGUGCUCCCAAAGCGCAUAAUCAUAAUGCGACACGGCGAGUCAAGGGGCAAUUUGGACUAUUCAGCCUACAGCACAACCCCGGACCACCAAAUCCCGCUCACCGAAGUGGGCCUGGCCCAGGCCCAAGACGCCGGGGCCCGACUCCGCCACCUCAUCUCCACAGCCUCCUCCACGGACUCGUGGCGCGUGCACUUCUACGUGUCCCCAUACGCCCGCGCCCAAUCGACGCUGAGAGAACUGGGUCGGAGCUUCACGAAGAAACGGAUCAUAGGGGUCCGAGAAGAGUGUCGGAUCCGAGAGCAAGACUUCGGGAACUUCCAGGUGGAAGAGAGGAUGAAAGCGACCAAACGAACGCGCCAGAUGUUCGGUCGUUUCUUCUAUCGUUUCCCUGAAGGCGAGUCCGCUGCUGACGUCUUCGACCGCGUUUCUAGUUUUCUUGAAUCACUGUGGAGGGACAUAGACAUGAACAGGCUUCACCAUGACCCUUCCCAUGACUUGACUCUUAUAAUCGUCUCACAUGGGCUAACCUCACAGGUCUUCCUCAUGAAGUGGUUCAAGUGGACUGUUGAGCAAUUUGAGCGCCUAAACAAUCUUGGGAACUGUGAAUUCCGAGUGAUGGAAUUAGGAGAUGGUGGAGAAUACAGCUUAGCAAUCCAUCACACAGAGGAGGAAAUGCAUGAAUGGGGACUUGAUGCUGAUAUGAUAGCUGACCAAAAAUGGCGAAUCAAUGCCCACAAGGGUGCAUUGAAUGGAAAUUGUCCCUGGUAUCUUGAUGCUUUCUUUGACCAUCUAGAUGACUCGGAUGACAAUGAAGACAGUGUGGACGAAUCCUCAAUUGAUUCUUCUAGACUCUAGUGUAUGUGCAUAGGUUGUCCAGAACUUGAAUUGGAAGUUCUUUCGAUUUUCUUGAUUGUGUUUUGUGCAGUGUACUUCAAAUAUUGGAAUGGGAAAGUUGACGUUAAUCUGGCCGUAAAGCCAUGGUGUAAAAAUCAAAAUUUAUUCUUUCAAUUUGAGAGUUGGGAAGAAGAAAAUCAGUUCAAAACUCUGAAGAAUUGUUGUGAUAUUGGCUUCCUUGUUACAGAUUGAACAAA